AUGGAACACAAGGUGGAUUUCUUGAUGAAGCGCUACACAUCAGUAUGCCCAGACGUUCGCUCGCGAGUCAACGCCGCCACCAGCGAAUUGUUUGACGUGACUAGUGAUAUGUACAAGUUCACAAGCCUACACGUCAUUGACAACACAGGACAAGCAAUCGCUACAGGACCGGGACCAGGACUUCCAGCCCCAUUUAGAGCCGCCGCCACAUACUUCCAAAUUGAGCUCCGAUUGGUCCCAUGGCUCUGUUCCCUGCAAACUGACAUUGGAAUCGACCAAACAAAGUUCCCACCAUCUUCCAAUAGAGCUGUAUACGUUCCAGUGCCAAGAGUCCAGAACCAGAUGGACGUAUCCAUCACUCGUCAAAUGGUAAUGGACCAAGCACAUCACAAGGAAAUCAUUGCAGCAAUGGUGUUAGAAUAA